AUGCAUCAACAUCCAAUACAUGCUCCCUGUUUUUACUUUCAAUAUCCUCGUAAAAUACGCGGCACACUCAAAGCACCAACAAAAAGGACUGACAAAGCCAAUAACACCCUCCUUGAACAACUUAAAGGUCUGAAUAAAUGGACUAUCCAAGCGGAAGAUAUCCGUCAGGCUGCCGAGGACAAGGCCAAGGAAGCCUACGACAAGUUGAAGGUUAAUGAGAAGCUGGAUGAGAAUGUUCAGAAAAUUGUUAAAGCCAAUGAGGCAAUUAAAGAUGUUCAUGAGAAGCUUGGUGGUCAUCUUAGUAGUUUGGGAGCGUGGAAUGCGGAGGCCAGUAAAGUGCUUGCCGGGGCGAUUGAAAAGGCAACGGAAGUUCAUGAUGCGUUGGAUGUAUACAAUUCAGGUAAAGGGCAGUUGAAGACACAAAUUGGUAAUAUUGAAACAUAUAAUAAGGCAAUUAAAGAGGCAAAUGAACAACUUGAGAAAGAAGUUCAGAAUUUAGGCAAGUGGAACACCGCCGCCAAGGAUGUUAUUGGCAAGGCGGAUGGGAAGUGUAAUACAAUUUUGGAUAAAGUUAAGACAGAAGACAGCGCUGGAAAAGAUACAAUUUUUGAGCAAGCUGAAUUGUUACAUGAGAAAGGAAAAGAGCUUUUGGACUCUGCCAUUAAGGCCAAGGAUGCUGUUGAGUCCAAAGUCACCAAGGCCCUUGAGGCUGUUGUGGAGAUGGACACAUCCCUCAAGAAGGAUUUGAAGAAAGUUAAGGAGGGGAUUAAGAUAGGAAUAGACCAUGUGAUUAAGACGUUGCAAGUUAAUGAGUUGGAUGAGAAAGUGAAGAAUGAUUUGGAGAGUUUAAGGGGAAAGAUUGAGGGGCUUGGCAAGGAUGUGGAGAGUAAUGGUCUUGUUAAAGCUCAGUUGGAAAAACUUGCGGAAGAGAAGAAAAAUCUUGAAACAGUAACUGGCAAGACAACUGGCACAAUUGAUAAGGAAAUGGGUCAACUUGAAAGUAAGUUUAAUACUUACAUCAAGACUCCGCUUAACCUUCAAGUCACUGAAGUUGACACGGCGAUUGGGACGCUUGGCGGGAAGUUUGAGUUGAGUGGCGGAAGUGAAAAGAAACUUGAAGAGAUUUUUAAACAGAUUAAAGGAAAGCUUGGGGAGAUUAAGGGGGAGGCAGGAAUGUUUGCUCCAAAUGGUACAUGGGAAAGUAAUAAUAUGGGCUCAGGCCUGGAUGGUAUUAAGAGUAAGGUGCAUAAUUAUGCGCAGGCCUUUAGUGGAGAUAGAUUCGCGGAUAUCGUGAAGGGCUGGCUGGAAGCCACAAUCUUGAGGUACAACGGCACCGUGCGGAGGAUACUCAAUAUGAAGCAGGAGUUUGAUGAGACGAGGAAGGACGGUAAUAUCGAGGACUUCGCAAUUGGAAUGAAAGAGAAGCUUAAAACAGAUGUUAUUGGUAUAGCCACAGACGCUUUCCAAAAUGUUAAUAUCGUCAGCGGCAGCAUUACUGAAAAUAUAAAAGCUGUCCAACAGCUUUGCAAUGGGCUCGCCAACGCGCUUGAUGAAGAACUGUAUAGUGGCACAAAACAAACAGUCAAGCGUGUAAAGGAUGUCGCGCUGCAGAAGGGGCAACUCGUCGCUAAGAUUCAAAGCUGCAUCUGCGAGUGCGAUAAUUGCAACAAGCAGGAUUGUGGCAAAAAGGCCGCCGCUGAAUUGAUCCUCUGCGCGCUCACCUCUACAGCCCGGCAGGUUGGCAACGAACUGAAUUCAGUGUUCCUCAGUCCCGACGGUGCCAACAUCGCAUCCAUCCUGGACAAGAUCACUCCGAUUGCUAAGGAACUUGAUGACAAGCUUCACAAUUCCCUUCCUCCCCCCGGCCAAAAGGAAAGCCCCGCCAAAGCCGUGGACAGUAAGUUGGAGGCGGUGAGGAAUAUGGUAGAGAAAGACAAACUUAUUACCACGUUUAAAAGUGAAGUCACAAAAGAACUUACAGAAGCGGUUAAAGGUCUUCCCAACGCCGUUGAGACUUUCAACUCCACCGCCGAAGAGCAGAUCAAGGCCGCGGCCAGAACGGCGAUCACCAAGGCGGCGGAGCAGAUUAGUAAGAAUGGUGCUGCAAUUGUGCUUGGUGAUAAUCUCAUGAACGAAUUCCACACUACCCACGAACAAAUUACAAAAAAUCUCGAAGACACUCUCAAGCAGCGAGUUGACGACCACAUCGGGGAUGAUCAGCCAGGUGGUCAAGGUGUUCAACCAAAGAAAUUCAUACUUGUUAAACAACAUUUUGGCAGUUAUGAUUCUCACGUCAAGCAAGAUAAGAUUAAAGCCCUUAAUGGCAGUGGAACUCUACAAGGCACUUCAGAUGAAGGCCACCUCCCCAAGGCCAUCGGGGACAUCAGGACUCUGGGACUGGAGGCGCUUGAAGAGACUAUUGGUGUGACGGCCAAGGAGCCAGAUAAAAUUGACGAUAAUACAUUCACCACUCCGGCCUGGCUAAUUACCCAAGAACUCGAAGGAAUUGCCCAAUUGGUUAACACUAAGAAUUCUUCGCUGGGCCAACAGCAGGGUGAUGAAGGUAUCCAGCAGCACUUGCAAAAAUUGAAAGAAGCUCUUGACCAGAAAGGAUUUAAUGACGCCGAUAAUCAAGGCCUCGAAGCAAUCGAGACGGCGAUUAACACUCUGCAAACAGAGACGUAUGGUCCCAAGAGCAGUGCAAUUGAGGGAGCCGUCGACCAAAUUAGGGGGGAGCUUAAGAAGCUCAGGGAGAAGUUGAAGAAAGAGCAAAAUGGUGGGACAAAAGAUGGUGUUAUUGACGUGUUGGAUGAUUUGAAGACUGCCGGUGUCGAAGGUAAAAAUGGUUGGAAAGGCACUCAGGGUCUGACGAAAAUCCAGCAGGGAAUUCAGGAGCAGAAUACUGAAUUGGGCAAACAGCCUGAAAUAAUCACUAACGCCAUCAGCGCAAUCAGGGAUCAACUGUUUCAGUUAGGAAUAAAGUUGAAUAAGCCCUUCGACUACGAUGACGUUUUGGACAAAUUGAUUCAGUUGCAAAGGAAGCUUGGCACAGCGGACGCCCAAAAUUAUGGUGUCAAUCUAAAGAAAAUCUACGAUGAAAUUCAUUGGCAACAAAUCAGUACAUUCACCCACAAACCCUACGAAAUUCAGGCAGCCAACUCAGCAAUCAAAGCGGAACUCAAAGCGCAGAUGAGCACGCUGGACAACGACGUCAUUACAACAUUGAACGACUUGAUGACCAAUGGGCUGAGUAAUCAGGCAAGUUGGAAGCCUAGUGGACAGGAAGCAGCAAAGGGCUUUGACCAUAUUAUUAGUGAGCUCAACACUCAACAAAGUACGCUGGAACAACAACCCACUGCAAUCGGCAGUGGCGUUACCCAAAUCACCAAUGAGAUUGACGAGCUGAGGAGUGAGUUGCAGGGUAAGGAUGACACUGAGCCAAAAGAAAAAGGUGUCAUUAAUAACUUAAAACAUCUGGAAGAGAAAAUUGGAGAAGGCAAAAAUGAAGGUCUUGAAAAAAUUAAGAAAGACAUUGAAGAGCUCAAUAGGGACACAGUCCCCAAGGUCAACGAACAUCUCGGUGAACUGUGCGCCAAGAUUGCGAGCGAAGCCGGCAGUGUCGACUGGCAGUUGGGGCUUUUCAAAGAAAAUAACAUCGACAAAGACCUCGCAAAAAUCAAGACACAAAUUGACACCCUCCGCACCGGUGACCUCCACAAGGCCAUCGAGGCGUGCGACAAGUUCCUCACCAACGCCGAUUACAUAAAAUGGGAGAAAGUAGAAAACAUUGAACGCUUCGUAGACAGUGAGAUUGAAAAGGCAAUCGCGGAGCUCACCAAGCAGGCCCGCCGGGACUACGUGGCGUCCGCGAAGGACGCCCUGAAACACUUCGCCGCCAGGGUGGCCGACGCGCUGCAGGGGCUGCCGGAGGAGAUCGCCGCCGACUUGGCGAUAGGGUACAAGGGCUUUAUGGCCAAGAUGCAAGAUGACUUUGUCAAGAACAUUCAAGAAAAUGACUUCACGCAAGACAGUCCCCCGCUCACCCAGGUGGCGGAGCGACUCGGCGACGCCGCACGUGCCUUCUUCCCCCAACUGCUCAGGCAGGCGGACAUGUUCAGGGGGAUAUUCCCCAGAGCCCUGAUGACCGACGAGCAGAUUCGGCAGUUGGAGGCGGCGAAGCGACGCAACGACCACGACGCAAUUGCCAGGAUCUACAAGGCGCUUCCACAAGGGGAGUGCGAGGAGACGUCCGCCGACAAGUUCCCUCCCAACCUGGCCGCAGUGACGGCGCUGAUGGAGUCCUUCGACGCCCUGGUGCAGCACAUCGAGGCGGUCGGACACUUCGACCACGCGGUUAUGGGACAGCUGUGUGCCCUGCAGCGGCAACUGGACGCGUUCCACCCGGAGCCCUACGGCGAGGCGGGCAAUCUGUUCCUGCUGCUGGCAGUCAAGAAGGGACUCAUAGCGUUCCCCCAGGAACUCAAGAAGGCCUACGUCUCCAGGUACUCCGGCCAGGCGCCGGUGGAGGCCGACGCCGACCGCUACGCCAAGGUCUUCCUCACCGUAGUGCCCAUCAUGUUCGACACCCUCACUCAGCUGCGGCGGAACUGCAGGACCGGCGGCAGGUGGAGGGAUUACAAGAUUAACAUGACCAAUCAACUCGGCCAGUUCCUCCACCGCUGCGGCUACAGCGUCUCCUCCCCCGCCGACCAGGACGGCGAGCUUAGGAGAGACGAUGAGUGCCACGGCGCUCACGUCCACAACCACCUGGGCGACGGCACCUAUUACCUCGUCAGGGAGGAGGACGAGGCCGAGAAAAGGAACGACCACCACAGCCUCCUCAGGAGGCUCACCGACCACCUCCACCACUACUACCGUUGCUGCCACCUCAAGACGCAUCCCGCACCCCGGCCGCCGUGCUCAGUGUACGAGAUGCUCACUUGGGUAUGCGGCCUCAAGCACAACCCAGUGUACCAGGCACUCACGGCUGAAGCGCUGCCCUCCCUGUUCCAGACAGACGACAUGCCUCCAGCCGGGGACUCACUGCUGCCCGUCACUGAGCUCGGCGCCCUGGCGCUGCCCGCCCACCCGCAGCACAUCACUCUCACUUCCCUCACCGACGCACUCACGGAGGUCUGCCACAAGGCGCAUUCAGUGCUCACCACGUUACUCGGCUUCGGCCAUGCUAAAGGCAUCUACGCCGUCGACUUCAACACCAACCCCGGAGGCCUGCUGUAUCCCCGUGACACGGACACAUUGCUCUGCCUGCUCUUCGACGUCAUCAAACGCCUCCACCACCAGCUGUAUUUCCUCUACCGCCGAUGCCUCUACAACGCCCGGCACGGCGGAUGGCUCGACUGCUGGUACGGCCGGGGCGUCGGUGGCUCAGCGUGGAGGUGCAACACCAUGCAGUGUGCCAACCAAAUGUGUGACCAACAGUGCAACCAAAUAUGUAACCAAAUAUGUAACCAAACGUGUGACCAACACCCCAAGUGCGGCGUCAAGUCGCCGCUCCAGUCGUUCCUAGAGGACGGCCUGGUGGGCUUCCUGCCUCACGCUGUUACACCCAAGGACACCUGUGUCAAGUGCUCCGCCUGUGACACCAAGUCACCCGGCCUGCCCUGCAAGACGCCCAUGGGCUUCGCCCACAUCACCCGCCUGGCCUCCCGUGCCUCCACAGGCCGACGCCUCAUGGACGCCCUCGGCAAAUUCUGCGGCGGCGCUUCGGCGCCCCUCACCAGGCUAUGCGCCCAACUCAACUGCCUCCUCACCCGGCCACCGAGGACGCCAGCCGAUCUCUUCGCCUUCCUUUUCAACCUCCCACGUGACUGGCCUAGCAGCACCGAGCACCGUAAGGCGGUCUUCGAGGAGGCUGUCGCCUCUGCCUGCUUCCGGCGGCGGGGCGUCUCACUGGACGUCACUCAACUCUUCCGCACCAGCCAACACGGCACCGACCAGAAUAUGCCUCACCUCACCGGCGACCUCUUCGCCCUCGUCAGCUGCAACGCCACUCCACGCUCCACCGCCGCCCACCCCUGCGGACCCUUCCUCAAGCCCAUAUGCCACGACGUCCGCGCCACCUUCGCCAGGGAAUACGCUCACCUCUACCUAUCCUGGGUGGUCUACCUCACGGAGACAUUCUACGACCUGCUUAAGCAACUGCUGCAAGACUGCGAGCGCAACUGCGCCGACGUCACGUCCAACUGCCACGCCAGGAGCUGCGCCCAUGACUGCUCUGCCAAGCAACGUCCAAUGGCCCAGGGCUCCAACCACCUUCCCUCAUGCCCCUCCAUCGCCGACUGCGACCACUCCACGCCCACACUCUUCCGCUACGGCUUCGUGCUCAGGGACGUCCACAGCCUCGCCGGCUCUACCCACGGACUCCACGCCAAGCGCACCUGCGAGGAUCUCUGCAUCACGCUCCAAGCAGCCGUAAGGCAAAUGAACCCGCUCCACAAGCUGGCACACGACACCAUCCCCGAGUUCCUCUUCCACAUCCGCCUACCCUUCCUCCUCACCCUGGCAGCGCUCUGGCUCACCGCCCUCGCCUACAUCCUCGUCUCACUCCUCUACCGCAUGGACGUCUUGCGCAUCCGCUCCCACCUUCUCACCACCAGGGCCUCCCACCUCAUCGACGUCAAGGCGCUGCUCGCCGGAAGCCGCAGGAUGCUCUCACUCUACAAGGACGUCGACUACUUCGACGACGACUUCCACUCCCUCCUUCAUCCCUCCUUUCAGUGGAUUGAGGCUGCGGACGCCGCCAUCAAGGCGGCUAAGGUGAAGGCGGAAAAUGUGCAUGACAACUUGGAUCAUAGUGAUAAUAAUGGUGAUCCAAAGACUCCGAUUGGUCAGGGGGUUAAGCAGAUUAAGGAUGCUAAAGGAAAAGUUAGUCAAGUUGAUGGUCAGUUGAAACGUAUUCACAGUGAUUUAGGUAACUGGAAAGAUGCGGCAAGCGGCGUCCUUGAGACAGCGGUUAGUAAGGCUGGAGAUGUGCGUGAAAAGUUGGAUCCUAAUCAGAAAGAUGACAUGCAUCCUAUUGGUCACAACAUUGACAAGAUUCACACUUCCAACGAAGCGAUUAAAGAAGCAAAUUCGCAACUUAAAUCACAAGUCGACAGCCUUAGUAAUUGGAUCGACACCGCGGAGGAGAUCCGCCAAAAGGCCCAGCAGAAAGCGGAAGAGGCUUAUAAAAGCUAA